AGUCAGCUUCAUGUUUACUUGCUUUGUCAGCGGUGUCCCCGCACCACUUAUCUCAUGUCCCUCACCUACUGCUGAUCAAACCUUGGACUUUUGUCUCAGCGGUGACUUAUCAUCUCGUCAGGGUUCUUAUCAGCGGCCUCCUCUCCGUCUUGUCCGGCCUCUUGCGGACCUUGAUCGGGGGGCACGUCGGGUUCACAGUUUUUUCCAACUAGCUAACAGAAAGAUGACGUUAAAAUCCAAUAAAAACGAACCUGCUGUCAUACUGGAGCCGGUGAACAGCGUCCGGACAGCCCUCUCCGAUCUCUACCUGGAGCAGCUCCUUCAAAACAAACCAAAGUCUGACAAGCAGGCGGCUAUGCAAACCUAUGAGAAUAAAGGGGCAGAUGUUUACACCAACGGCAGCGCUCGACACAUGAACGGCACAGAGCUGACCAGGAUGAAAGAAGUAGCAUUUGAAAAGAAUCCCUCAGAGCCAAUGGGGGUCACUCUGAAGCUGAACGACAAACAACGGUGCACAGUGGCCAGAAUAUUGCACGGGGGGAUGAUCCACAGACAAGGGUCUUUACAUGAAGGAGAUGAAAUAGCAGAAAUCAAUGGGAAAAGUGUGACAAACCAAACUGUAGAUCAGCUACAAAAGAUCCUGAAAGAAACCAAUGGAGUAGUGACAAUGAAGAUCAUUCCCAACGUUCAGAGUCGAUCCCGAGCCUGUGAGAUGUACAUGAGGGCCCAGUUUGACUACGACCCUGCCAAGGACGACCUCAUCCCAUGCAAAGAGGCGGGUCUGAAGUUUCAAAAUGGUGACAUCAUUCAGAUCAUCAACAAGCAGGAUCCAAACUGGUGGCAGGGCAGAGUGGAAAGCAGUGCUGCUGACUUCGCUGGUCUGAUACCCUCCCCAGAGCUCCAAGAAUGGAGGGUGGCCAGUAAAAGCAAGGCCAGAGAGGGCAGCCAGUCCUGCAGCCCAUUCGGAAAGAAAAAGAAGUGCAAAGACAAGUACCUAGCUAAACACAGCUCGAUUUUUGACCAAUUGGAUGUGAUUUCAUAUGAGGAAGUUGUUCAGCUCCCUGCUUUUAAGAGGAAAACGCUGGUGCUCAUCGGUGCACCUGGUGUGGGAAGGAGCCAUAUCAAAAAUUCACUGUUGACAAAAUACGCAGAGAAAUUUUCCUACCCUGCACCACACACCACCAGACCCCAGCGUAAGGAUGAGGAGAACGGACAGGAGUACUAUUUCAUCUCCAAUCAAGCCAUGACCAAAUGCAUCUCUGGAAAUGAGCUACUGGAGUACGGCAGCUUCCAGGGAUUUAUGUUUGGUACCAAAAUUGAGACCAUCCAGAAGAUCCAUGAGCAGGGCAAAAUUGCUCUGCUGGAUAUAGAACCACAGACCUUGAAACUCUUGCGGACUGCUGAUUUUGCACCUCUGGUGGUGUUCAUUGCUCCGACCAACACAGCUCCCCAGACGGAAAACCUGCAGAUGAUCCAGAAAGAGUCUGACGCCAUUUUGACCACAUAUAGACACUUCUUUGAUGUGGUUCUCGUCAACAACGACGUGGAUGAAAGUGUUAAAGGUGUGGAGGAGGCCAUAGAGCGAGCCACCUCCACCCCGCAGUGGGUGCCUGUAUCAUGGGUGUACUGAAAGAUGCCUGACACCAGUAUGAUACGUUUUUAUUUGUUGGAAAGCAGUGCAAUAUCACUCUUUACACGAAACCUCUGAGUUAGUGAUGUGUGUGGGUUUACCUUUCAAUUACUUUUAAUUGUCACAGAGAUUGUUUGCACAAAUGCAUCCAAAAAAUUAAGCAAUAUGUUGAAAGCUUUAUUACAGAAAGUGGAGAUUCUCACCAGGGAUGUUUUUUUGUGGUUGUUUAGACAUUUGUGCUUGAGGCUUUUGAGGGGUUAAGGGUUAAGUUUUGGUGUCGCUCACUUUUGUGAUUGGUGGUUAGAAAAUCCAAAACAGGACCACAACUGUGAAUGAAAUCCACAUUUUAAAAUAGCAGGAUUUUUAUCAUGUGAAGCAUUGAUUCUGGAUUCAUUAUGUUUUCUCUGCUUUCAUUAGAUUGUCCCAUGAAACUGAGAUUCUCUUUUGUUCAUGCAGUCUGUGUAACUCCAUACAUCAAUGAUGUCCUCUACACAAAACCUUACAAUGUCAGUCGUUGACAACCUCACAUGUUUUGUUUUAUCAAAAUUGUAUACCUCAUGGGGUACUGUAAAGGCACUUUUAAACAAAAAUAAAUUUCCCAGCUCUGUUACAA